GACAGCCUCACCUUCGCAAGUACACGAUGCGACUGCCUCGUGAGGAGGAGUCUCUCACCGAACUUGUCGCAGACUCGAAUCCUGCAAGCUCCAGUAGCCACGAAGGCGCCAGUCUCAUGGACGGAGCUGAUGCAGGCCAUGAACCAAUGGCGGGCCCGGAGGACGCAGAGGCCAGUGCAAGGCCUUCGCCGCUGCAACCGGCCGCCAAGCAGGCAGUCGACAAGGCUGCUCCCGGCAACAUCUUCAGCUCACCCAAGCGAGAUGCCAAGAAGCUGGCGAACAAGAAGCAGCGUGAGCUGAAGAAGCUCCUCAAGGCGGACAGGCGGGAAAACGAGGACAUCGCGAGGAGCCUGCAGGAAGCCACCAGGGCCAAGUCUUCAACGGAGACUCAGGCCAAAGAGGCCGCUUCCAAGCUCGCCAAGGCGGAGGCAGACUUGUCCACCGAGAAGCAGUCCGAAGACGCUUUGCAGGGGGCGCUCAACCAGCUGGAGCCGAAGUUGUUCUUCGGUUUGUUCUGA